CUUCGCCUGAUCCCCUCGUCGCACGAGUCUCCGAAGAGGCGAGAGCGACGGCCAAGAAACGUGGCCGCGAACAGAGACGACCGCGGCGACAGCCACGAGCUCUUCCUCGUCCCCCCUGCUCCCACCCCACAACCCCUCGCCGCGGCCUCUUCCUCCCUCCGCCCCUGAGACCGCUCCAGGCCGCUGCCCCGCUUGCAUCGCGCAUUCGCGGGAGGUGGUUUCAGGUUUGCCUAGAAUUAUAUUCCUAUUGUGUAAUGAUGCAAUGCGUUCUUGAUGUGCAACUAUUACAUAUUCAAUUCAGAAGAACUUAAGAAGUUACCAUUAUUUCAGUUUCCCUUUCUCAGGGCAUUAUGGAAUGCUUAACAACAAGUUUUGCAAGAAAUGUGGGAAAAGAGCACAGCUUCGUAUGUUCAAGUAAGUUGGUGUCUGAAAACCAAUGGGUUCCAAGAAGGAUUUGCUGCUAUGUCUCUAGUUCAACAAACUCCAGUCAAUGGUGCAAGUUCACUAAUAUGGCAUACCCCAUGAGCCCAAUUAUCCGGAAAAGGUCACACUGGAGAUCCUUUGCUGCAAGUUUGAACUUAGAAGAUGGCCCUGCACCCUCUGACUCAACGUCAUCUUCAUCAGAGCAGACUACCGCCGAUGCUGAUGGAACUACCAACGGUGAUGCAUCUGAAGAUCUGCUUUCUCAAAAGCUGAGCUCUGAUGAGUUAAAGGCUCUUUUGGCUGAUUCGGAACGAAGUAAGCUUUUGAGAAGACUCAGCGAAGCAAAUCAAUAUAACCGAUUCCUCAAGAGACAGUUGCAAAUAAAGGAUGAUGCAGUUGUAAAGUUCAAAGGUGAACUUGCUGUUUUGGAACUAGAACUGCAGGCUCUGGUUGGCCUAGCUGAAGAGAUUGCUAAUUUUGAUGUUCCGUUAGGGUCUAGGAGGAUAAAUGGAAAAUAUAUUCAAUCUCAUCUUCUCUCCAGAUUAGAAGCUGUUCAUGAUAAGAUUGUGGAACAUAUAAAGGAUGUUGACUCUUUAAAGACCAAAGAAAUUUCUGUCUACUGGGUUGGCAUGGCUGAGAAUGUGCAAAUUAUGGGUUCAUUCGACGGAUGGUCCCAGGGUGAGGCAAUGUCCAUGGAGUAUUCAGGUGAUUAUGGAAGAUUCUCUGCGACUCUGAAGCUAAGACCUGGAAGGUAUGAGAUCAAAUUUUUGGUUGAUGGGGAAUGGAGAUUGUCACCUGAAUACCCGACUGCUGGAGAUGGAAUGACGCAGAACAAUAUUCUUAUUGUGGAGUAACAGAACUUUCUCAUGUAGCAUUUUAGUCAUCCAAACAAUGCCAAAGUGUACCUUCACUUCAUGCCUUCUACCAUCUGUAAAAUUAUGCUACCAUGUGGUUGCCUCACAGAAACCAGUGUUCGUUGAAA